AUGUUCGAACUGGAUGCAAAGAACUAUCACGUGUGGAGCUACAGACAGUGGCUGGUGCGCAGAUUCGGCCUCUGGGACCAGGGAGAGCUGGAGGCGACGGAGAAGUUGAUUGAGGAAGAUGUAAGAAACAACUCUGCUUGGAACCAUCGCUUCUUCCUCGUCUCGGGGAGCAAACCGCCAAAGGUUGAGGAUAAGGCUGUGGUGGAUAGAGAGAUCAAGUAA